GGCUGUGCCCCGCGCCCUCGCCCCGCGCCCACUGGCCGCUCAGGCGGAGUCAGCGCGCGCUCCGCCCGCCGCGCUCCGGGCUCGGAGCUCCGCACCCUGGGCUCGCCGCCUCCCAGGCCGGCUCUGCGCCCCUCACCCGGCGCCCCGGCGGGCGCAGCGCACCAUGCCGCAGCUGGACUCCGGCGGGGGCGGUGCGGGAGCAGGCGACGACCUCGGCGCGCCCGACGAGCUGCUGGCCUUCCAGGACGAAGGCGAGGAACAGGACGACAAGAACCGCGACAGCUCCGCGGGCCCCGAGCGGGACCUGGCGGAGCUCAAGUCCUCACUGGUGAAUGAGUCCGAAGGCGCGGCCGCAGGCGCCGGGGUCCCGGGUCCCGGCGUCCGGGUACAUGGAGAGGCCGAGGGGGCGCCCGAGGCCCUGGGCCGAGAGCACACUUCGCAGAGACUUUUCUCGGACAAACUUCCAGAGUCCCUGGAAGACGGCCUGAAGGCCCCGGAGUGUGCCAGUGGCAUGUACAAAGAGACUGUCUACUCCGCCUUCAAUCUGCUCAUGCACUACCCGCCGGCCUCGGGACCCGGGCAGCAUCCCCAGCCUCAAGCCCCGCUGCAUAACAAGGCCGGCCAGUCCCCACAUGGCGCUCCCCAACUUUCUCCGCUCUACGAUCAUUUCAGUAGUCCACACUCCACCCCUGCACCUACGGACAUCAGCCAGAAGCAAGGAGUUCACAGGCCUCUGCAGACCCCUGAUCUGUCUGGAUUUUACUCUCUGACCUCAGGCAGUAUGGGACAGCUCCCCCACACUGUGAGCUGGCCCAGCCCUCCUCUCUACCCCCUGUCCCCUUCCUGCGGAUAUAGACAGCACUUCCCUGCCCCCACUGCAGCCCCUGGCGCCCCCUAUCCCAGGUUCACCCAUCCAUCUUUGAUGCUGGGAUCUGGGGUACCUGGCCACCCAGCAGCCAUCCCUCACCCGGCCAUUGUGCCCUCCUCAGGGAAGCAGGAGCUGCAGCCAUAUGACCGAAGCCUGAAAACACAGGCAGAACCCAAGGCAGAGAAGGAGGCUAAGAAGCCCAUCAUCAAAAAACCCCUCAAUGCUUUCAUGCUAUACAUGAAGGAGAUGAGAGCCAAGGUCAUUGCAGAGUGCACACUCAAGGAGAGCGCUGCCAUCAACCAGAUCCUGGGUCGAAGGUGGCACGCGCUGUCUCGAGAGGAGCAGGCCAAGUACUAUGAACUGGCCCGUAAGGAAAGGCAGCUGCACAUGCAGUUGUACCCAGGCUGGUCGGCGCGGGAUAACUAUGGAAAGAAGAAGAGGCGGUCAAGGGAAAAGCAUCAAGAAUCCACCACAGGAGGAAAAAGAAAUGCAUUCGGUACUUACCCGGAGAAGGCCGCUGCCCCAGCCCCGUUCCUUCCGAUGACAGUGCUCUAGGCUGUCCCCGGUCCCCAGCUCCCCAGGACUCACCCUCUUAUCUUCUGCUGCCCCCUUUCCCCACGGAACUGCU